AAAACUAUUCUGGUUUUGAUUACUAAAAUUAAAAGUAAGAAAAUUUUGUUUAUUACAUAUAUUAAAAAGGCACAUCCAUAUAAACAAUAAUGCACUUUGAAUAAUGCACAGCUGUUUUAAAAAAGCGCAACAUAGCAUUGUUGUGAUGUUGUCACUCCUACGUAUUAAGUGCGAUCAAAAUUAAAUUGCUUUAAAGGAAUUCUGUGCUUAUGUUCUACUGCUGCCGUACCCCUGACUGUCUAAAGAGAUAGAACUUCGAUAUAUUAAGUUAAAAUCGGGUAUUCCCGUAAGAAAACGACGCAGGAUUUUUGUGUGAAGCAUAUACGUAAUAAAGUGUUACAUCAGUUGUGUAAAUAGUAUAAAAUGCAUAUACUUUGGCAAGCUUUAGUCCUUGGCAUUGCCGCUUGCGUCGUUGUUACUACCGUUGUCAGGCAUUGGAAUAUGAAUUCAAUUGAAUAUGACACCGGCAGCCAGGAUACAUAUUAUAGAGAUUAUGAUGAAAGAGAGGAAAAAAGAUUCAGAGCCAAACCUGGGGAUAGGUGUUCGAUAUGCUUGGAACCAAUGGCAGAUUUACAAAUGUCACACUUAAAAUGUGGACAUGCUCUGCAUUCUAACUGUUUGAGGGAAUGUCGUAGGCAUGGCACCAACAAAUGCCCAAGUUGCAAUAAAGCUAUGUAAAUUAGUUAUUUUUUAUUUUUUAUAGUUUUUAGAAUUUAAAUGAAAAACAAACUAUUUGUGUAUAAUUUCAUACGAUGUGAUCUCAAAUUUCAUAAACAAAUUUGUGGUCUAAGCAAUUUUUUGAAACACCUAUGCGAAGAGCUAUCAACCCUGAAACGUCAGGGAAGAUUAUUUUUUUAAAUUAUCAUAGUAUAUAUCUUUAAGCAAUUAUUGGUUACUAAAUUUUUUAAAUUAUUUUAAAAUGAAUAAAUAUAUGUUACACAUUUCUUGAA